GAAACACUCCGUCAUAGAGAAAACUAUACAGCACAUGUUCUCGAUUGGGGUUACCGUAUACAGGACGCUGCAACGUCGAUGGAGUAUUGGAAGCCAAGCCAGUUGGAAUGCUGCUCUCGGUUUCCAUGGCAGUUGAUUUCAACGGGCACCCAACCUCCUCCCAGCCACUAGAAUACCAGCCAUUUUUGUGCCCACCGACAUAUUAAAAAGCAGUCACCAGCAGGCUAGCACGCAGACCCACUUGCUCACACACCGCAACCAAGCUAAGUCUUUACUUUCGAGUUUCCUACCUGCCUCCUCCUUCUCCCAUCGUCUCCUGCACGAUCAGCUCACCACUGAAACCCACUCUUCAUCUCUCGCUCCAAACCACAUUCUCCAUCACAAACUCCUGAAGAGCAACAAUGCGUUCGGUUGCACUUGCUCUUGCGUACUUUGCUACUGGCAUUCAUGCCCUCCCUAAGCCUGCAGUGAGCUAUGCAGUGGUCAAUGUCGAUGGUGGCUCCGCUUCGACGAGCACUCCGGCAGCACAAACGACGGUGGUCUCUACUCUCAUCGAGUCGGAAGCACCUACGACUGUCUCACAAACUGUAUACAAGACUGUGACCGAGUCGUCGGCUCCAGCCACUACCGUAUCCGUCAAGACCGUCACUGAAGUAUCGACUGCGGUUCCCACACAUUCGAGCCCUCAAUCUGUGGCUUCUUCAACAUCAGCACAACCUAUGGAGACACCCUCGACGCCGUCUCCGUCGCCAUCCUCAUCGAAGUCUACAUCAGCAUCCGCAUCAUCCAUAUCCUCGCCAUCAUCUUCAAGCACAGCAUCACCUUCUUCGACAACCUCGACGCCAUUGCUACCAGUCAUUCAAUCCUCGACGAACACACCAUUGUUGUCAGGAGAGUCAUCGACGUCUCACACGCUGAAAAGCAGCGCAACAACAAGCGUUGAAACAUCGACGCGCAGCUCCACAACGACGCCAACAGUCUCAAUCAACUCGAUUGUAUACGAAGUGACUGGCGGAGCUCUUACAACAGACUACGUGACCGUCACACUGUCUGGCAGCGCGCAAGCCACAAGCACGUCAACUAGCGCGGCAUCGUCUCUGAAAGAAUCGGCUGCCUCAAUCGUGGUUGUGAUUCAAACACAAACGGUUAUCCCGGCAGCGGCCACCAAGUCGGCAUCAUACUAUGACAACGGAAUGUGGCACACGUCGUAUGUGGUCAAGAACUUUCCUACGCUUGCCCCGAGUGCCGCAGGACACCAUUGGAACAGCACCUCGCACUAGGCCGUGGCUCUUCGUGCACAAGGAACCGGAUAUGGAGAUGAUUGAAGAUAGAAUGGGGGAUAAAGAGCGACGACUGCUGGCAGGCGUCUGGUCACGAUAUAUACGAUGGUGUAGAGUAAUAAUACAUAGUAAUGACACAGACAAAUCACAAGAAGCAUAUUUGAGCACUACCGUGAGCGUGUAGCGUGUAGCGUGAAGAUUGAGGAAGGGAAGGAGAGCAAGAUGCGCAGAGAGAGUGGUCAGUGAUUUCAACGCGAUGGCGAGG